GUUAUCAGUGGUUAUGUUAUGGGUGGUUAACGUUAACAGUGUGGCCUAUUGCUAAUGUAAAUAUUUAUAAAUUUUAUGUUUAAUUUUGUUGCAACGGGUAUCUGGUGAGUUCUUAGAUAUAGUAACGUAGCGCGUAACAACAUGCCUAUAUUACGAAAAAAGUCAAGCAGAAAGAUAAACACUGAGAAUGGAAAUGGUAAUGCGAUUGAAGAUGUAACUAUCGACGAUUUCGCAAACACGUCGCGAACUCAUGCGAGAUUCAAAAAGGCUGCAACGAACAUGUCUUCCAAAGUGAUGCAAAAAGCAACAACACAACAAGAAGAGUUGUAUAAAGCAGAUGAAAGUGACGAACCUGCUCCGCUUAAUGUAAAUAAGUCUAAGAAAAAUAGUAAAGGCACAUUAACAAGUGAAACGGGAAAUAGAAAGUCAAGAAUGCCUCAAACAAGUACCGAAGAUGAAGGUGUGGAUUAUCCAUUGGAUGUGUGGUUUAUUAUAUCCGAAUACAUUAGUCCAGAGGCAGUAGGAAAAUUUGCUAGAAUAUGUAGAAAUUCUUACCAUGUAACAACAACAGGCAAAUUUUGGUUUCAUUUAUAUAAGUCUUACUAUAGGUGUGUACCUGGUUUACCAGAACGCCUUCAACCGCACUGCAUGGUCCGUGUGCAUGGGUUACGUGCUUGCGUUAUCAGAAUGUUGCAUUACACUUAUUUUGUGCUGAAACGAGAAAUCGACGAUGUCUUUUAUCAACAAGACGAUCCACAUUCUCUCGUGAAAAGAAGAUGUUGUCUCAUGUGGCAUAAAGAAGGAAAAAUGCGGUGGUAUUUCUACUUCAAAUUUAAGGAAGUACCAAACUCGUCUAGAAAUACGUUGAAAGAAAAAUCCGAAAUAACUGGUAAAAAAUCAGAUUUUCUCGAAAUGUUGGAGGACGUAGCUGCGAAUCCAGAAGAGGACUGUAAAGUACUUAGGGUAGUUUGUUUAAAAUAUAGUAUGUUGCCACUCGUGAUCGGCUUAAUUUUGCAAUCGGUAUCGAUGACUUUGAUGCCAGGUUUCAAAGAACAUAGAUUACAACUUCGUUUUGGGACAUCGAAUAUCGCCAGUUCUUUAACGAACCAAGUGGUUUUAAAUGGUGUCGUUCAUUGCCAAAUUCUAAACUGGUGGCAUCCGCUAUAUCCCCAUCAAGACGCGAUUACAACUAUCGAAUUACCACAAAGUGAUUUUUGGGAUCAGAGCUAA